GCUGAGUAUUUAAAAGCAGCUCUCUGUUAUUGGACUUGCAGUAUCGCAAUCGGAGGCGUAAAAAGCAAAUCAAAAGGAUAAAAUUGCCAAACUUUAAUUCUAAACAAUGAGAGUAUAUGUUCCAGGAUGCGUUUGUCUGCUUUGGUUGGCUUCUGCGGCAUCUGCCGACUUGAACAAGCCCCCGGUCUCGCCCAAAUCCACUCCGUUUUCUAAGAGUGAUAAGACUCCUGCACCAAGUGUAGAAGCACAGACAAAGAUAAACAAGACCAGGACAGGGGAACUCCUCCUGCCCAUGGUGAUCAACACCUGGAACUUUACGGCUGCCAACGUUCUGGCCUGGCGAAUCCUUAAGCAGAGCCAGGGAGGCCUUCGACAAACGCGCAACGCCGUCGUGGAGGGCUGCACCAAGUGCGAGAAACUGCAGUGCGACCGGACUGUUGGCUUCGGAGGAUCCCCCGACGAGAACGGCGAGACCACUCUGGACGCAAUGGUGAUGGAUGGCUCGACCAUGGAUGUGGGAGCUGUGGCGGGCUUGCGGCGCAUCAAGGAUGCUAUCAGGGUGGCCCGAUGUGUCCUGGAGCACACACACCACACUAUGUUGGUGGGAGACGCUGCUACGGACUUCGCUGAAGCUAUGGGAUUCGAGUCCGAAUCUCUGGUCACGCCAGAGUCCAAAGAGAUGUGGCAGCAGUGGACGGCUAGGAAUUGCCAGCCGAACUUCUGGAAGAACGUUUAUCCAGAUCCUCAGAUAUCCUGCGGUCCUUAUAACCCCAAGCCAACGCCCCUCACUCGCUGGAAAGAGGAUCGGGCUCGACAUGAGUACGAAAUGGGCCACAAGAAUCACGAUACCAUUGGAAUGAUUGCCAUCGAUGCAGAGAGCAACAUUCACGCGGGCACUUCCACCAACGGAGCGCUUCACAAAAUAGCGGGUCGUGUGGGAGACUCCCCGAUACCAGGGGCCGGUGCCUAUGCCGACAAUGAGGUGGGUGCCGCUGUGGCCACUGGCGAUGGGGAUGUUAUGAUGCGUUUCCUGCCCAGCCUUCUGGCUGUGGAGGCUAUGCGAGGAGGAAAGCCGCCAGCUGAAGCCGCUGAGGUGGGCAUACGUCGCAUCCUAAAGCACCACAAGGACUUUGUGGGUGCGGUAAUAGCAGUGGAUCGACUGGGAAAUUAUGGCGCUGCGUGCUACGGGAUGCAGGAAUUUCCAUUUGUGGUCAGCAGUCCCGCAAAAAAUCGUACCGCAAAAGAUCGCCCUCGGCACAAAAAAGUACAGUGCAUUUCGUCUCAAGAGCAAGUGAAUGUGGUAUUAUUAUAAACAAGUUCAGGGUUAAAAACAAGAAAUAAAAUAUAAAUAUAAAAAGACCAGUAAUUUUUUUAAACAAAAACUAAAAAUUGUGCAAGAAAUUUGAAUAAAUACAAUUGAUUCAUU